AAUGUCUCCUGGCUUUUUACACAGUCAUGUGAUGUUUAUUGAUAAGUGAUAAAGGAGUAGCUCGAAUACAUUUUCAACAGUAAAAAAACUUAGAUCUAUAUUAUAGCUAGUAUUUAGGCAACAGCCUAUUGUGUAUAGAUUUUUUAAAAUUUGUAAAUUUUGAUCUAGAGAUCUAGAUAUUUAUAUAUCUUUAAAUUUAUUAACUCAGAUUUUUAUAGUCCAGAAAAGAGAUGAGGAUGGUGAUAAGUUUCCAAUUUCUGCUUUUUUUUCUAAACACAUUGACUUUUGGAGGAUGUUAUAGCUGUGUGGACCCAAAUGGAAAUAUGGUUGACUGGUUUAUGGCUUACAAGACGCCAAAACUUAAGCAGCCUCGUGACUGGAGAUUCAAAGAUGGACUUGCACUUUAUUAUCUUGAUGUCAACAGCCCCACACUUAAGCUGUCUGAAUAUUCUAUCAAUGAUACACAGUCUCCCAUCUCUAGAACUUUGGGUCAAGUAUAUGAUCAUACAGGUGAAGAUUUGACAUACAUAAUGUAUAAUGAUGAGGAUCCAUUGCAUUCACUGGAUCCCAGUCAGGGGGCUGCAUCUACAGGUCACACUAAAGGAGUUCUGGGUUUUGAUGGUUUGUCUGGCUUCUGGCUGGUGCACAGUGCCCCCAAGUUUCCACCUAACAAGACAUCUGGCUACAGCUGGGAGACAAGUGCCUCCAUAUAUGGGCAAACCUUUCUGUGUAUCACAUUUCCUUAUCAGGAGUUAGGACAAAUUGGACAACAGCUGCACUACAAUGAGCCAAAUAUUUAUGACUAUCACAUACCGCAACAAGUUUUGGAUAAGUUUCCUGUCUUUAUUGAUCUCAUUAAGAAAACUCAUGUUAAAAGUCCUCCAUGGUUCAGUAUUCUCACUCUAAAAUCUUCUCAAGGCCAAAUAUUUACAAGUUUUGCCAAAUCAAGAAAAUUUGAAGCUGAUUUAUACGACAGUCUUGUUGCACCAAACCUACAACAAAACCUGCUGGUGGAAACAUGGCUGAGAAGUAGAGGAGAAGAGCUGCCAUCUAACUGUACCGCACAGUUUGAGGUCUGUAGAAUCACCAAUGUCCAGCUGCCAGGUAGCCAAGAUUUCAGUGAAACUCAAGAUCAUGCCAAGUGGGCUGUCAGCUUGGCAGGCACGUCACAGAAACUUUUCUAUCAGUCAGAGAAGAGCCCUCAGACAACAGAGCCCUGGACUUGCAUUGGGGACAUCAAUCGCAUGAAAAGCCAGUUUUCAAGAGGAGGAGGCACUGUGUGCUUACAAAAUGCAGAUGUCUGGCAGUCAUUUAAGACAUCUGUCACCAAAUAUGAUUCCUGCUGAGAGCUAUAGAUCUUUUAAUGACUUAAUUGAUACAAAUUUAUUUUACUUUAAUGUGUCAACUAUUUGAAAUAGUCAUUAGUAUUUUUUUAACAACUUUACUGCAAUGUGUUGAUAUAUUAAUUUCACCAAAGUUGUUAAGUGUUCUUUUUAAUAUUGUAAACAUUUUUUAUAUUACUGAAUCUAUGUACUUUUCUUAUUUUAAAUUUACAACUGAAUUUUAAACAUUCUAUCAAUGUCAUAAAAUUUCUUUUAUUUUCAGCAUGCAUAUUUUUAUUUCAGAAGAUGUAUAAUUUUUCUGUGAGCACAUAGCUCAAAUGAAAUGACUGCCAUGAAUGUUUCAAUCACAUGAAUUAUAUUUCCUUGCAAAUGUAUGACAAAUUAGUGUUGAAACAUAGGGUUUAGCUCCCUCACCACAUUACACUGACCAUUUCUUGGUUCACUUGGUUAACUGACUAGUCUUUUUCUAAUUGAAAAAACCCUUUAUUCCUUUUUGUAUAAAAAGGCUUUAUGAAUUUAACAUGUGUUGUAUAUAUCUGUUGUCAUGCUAUUCAGUGCCCCUUGAAUGCUGACAUUAAAACACAGCAGAGGAUACAUUGGGUGUGUAAGAGCUGUGUGUGUUGUCUGUAGGUUACAUACUUUUAUACAGUACAGGCAUUCUUUACUAGUAGUUGGUAGUAUUCAUUGUCAGCUUACUUAUGUUUAUAGUUUUGUUAAUCUUAUUCUUUUAUUAUUUAUUAUAGAGAUCAGAUCUACUUAAUCUAUAAAGAAAAUUUAUAUUCAUUUUUUCUUUGUGCUUGUAUAGUUUUGUAUUUAACUUAAUUAAAGUUUGAAAAAUUUGCA